AUGCGUAUGAUCACCUAUGGGGUUUCCGCUGAUGCCACAGAUGAGUACAUUCGCAUUGGCGAGAGUACUACACUUGAGAGCCUACGGAGGUUUAUUGUUGCAGUGGAUGAAAUCUUUGGAGAGGAAUAUCUCAGAUAUCCCACUGAGGCGGACGUAGCACGCUUACUUGCAAUUGGUGAGCAAAAAGGUUUUCUCGGCAUGUUAGGUUCUAUCGAUUGUAUGCAUUGGGCGUGGAAGAAUUGUCCAUACGAGAAGCAAGGUCAGUACAAGGGGCAUGUUGAGAAGCCCACUAUCAUUUUGGAGGCAGUUGCUUCAAAUGACCUUUGGAUAUGGCAUGCCUUCUUUGGAAUGCCCGGGUCUCAUAAUGAUAUCAAUGUUCUGCAUAGGUCUCCUUUGUUUGAUAACUUGGCAGAAGGUAGAGCUCCACAAGUUAACUAUUUCAUUAACGGCCAUGAUUACACAAUGGGCUACUACCUAGCUGAUGGCAUAUACCCCACAUGGGCUACUUUAGUCAAGUCGAUCAGUCUUCCUAUGGGGAACAAGAGGCAAUAUUUUGCCAAAGCGCAAGAAUCAGCUAGGAAGAUGGUCGAGAGAGCUUUUGGGGUUCUUCAAGCUAGAUUUGCUAUCGUUCGAGGUCCUGUUCACAUUUGGGACAAAGAGACAAUAUCUCAGAUUAUGAGAGCUUGUGUGAUUAUGCACAAUAUGAUUGUGGAAGAUGAAGGAUUCAUAGUCGAUCCUCAUGAGGGUUUUGAUUACGGUGGAGAUAAUGUCGAACCUGCUCAUGGACGACCUACUCGGACACUUGACGAAUACAUUGCUGCUCACAGAAAAAUCAGAAGUAAGGAAACACAUGAUCAGUUAAAAGAAGAUCUUAUCGAGCACCUAUGGAACCAUCAUCCGGAUUUAUAUUAG